AUGUUUUGUGAAAAAAUGUCACACGCCAUCACACGCCUGGAUGUUUUCAGGGGUGCGGUGGUUAGCACGCCUGCUAUAUUUUUCCCACGAAAGCCUGUAUGGUUUUCAGACUAUUGCAGGAAACAAGAUAGGUUGGAAAUUGAUUGUCUCAUCGGCUCAGAUUGGAUUUGGUCUUUCCAAGAGGGUAGAACAAUACGAGGGGGGCAACAAGAACCAGUAGCUGUAGAGACUAGUCUUGGAUGGGUGCUAUCUGGACCUCUCAAAGGGGACAUAGAAAAGGCAUUUCUCAAUAUAGAGAUACAUAAGGAAGAUAGAGAUUGUCUUAGAUUUUUGUGGUAUAAGGACAUAAAUGAUGCUGAUUCAGAAGUUAUAGUAUAUAGAUUUAAUCGAGUUGUUUUUGGAUGUAAUUCUUCUCCAUUUUUGCUUAAUUGUGUACUUAGGAAUCAUAUAGAGAAGUAUAAGGAAGAAGAUCCGGAGUUUGUUAGCAAGUUGAUAGGAGGUUUCUUUGUUGAUGAUUUAGUGACUGGGUGUGAGGAUAGUUCUGAGGCAGUAGAUCUCUAUAGGAAGGCCAAGAGUAGAAUGAAAGAUGGAGGAUUUACAUUAAGAAAGUGGAAGACUAACAGUAGUGAGGUAGCUAAGAAAAUAGCAGAUACAGAAGGCAAUGAAAUGCAAGUAAAGGAUGUCAGUGUAUCAUCAGAAGAGUCUUAUGCUAAGGAAACACUAGGGUUAGAUACUUUAGAAGGAAAAACAAAAGUUUUAGGUAUCAGUUGGGAAAUAGAGAAGGACAGACUAGACCUUGAUCUCUAUAAGGUAGGCAAGGAAGCAGACGAUAGUGUUUGUGCAACUAAGAGAGGUAUUCUUAGUACUUUAGCAUCACUCUAUGAUCCACUUGGGUUGAUAAGUCCAGUGGUUGUCACGGCAAAAAUUCUUUUCCAAGAGCUGUGCUUAGAAAAAUUGGGAUGGGAUGAUACUCUUCCACAAGAAAAGGUUUUGGUUUGGCAAACAUGGCUUGAAGAUCUUAGGGAAAAUAGGACAAUUUCCUUUCCUAGAUGUGUUUUAGAGGACAGGAAGGGGGGUGUUUUAAGUUAUCAGCUACAUGGGUUUGCAGAUGCCAGUCAGAAAGCCUAUUGUGCCAUGGUUUAUCUCGUUUGUGUGACUGAACAAGGGACAUAUACUAAAUUGUUAAGUGCCAAGACCAGGGUUGCGCCUUUAAAAGCAUUGUCCAUACCCCGUCUAGAAUUAAUGUCUGCUCGAGUAUUAGCCACAUUAAUGGAUACAGUUAAGAAUGCAUUAAGCCCACAGAUUCAGUUUGAUAAGGUAAAAUAUUGGCUAGACAGUAAGACAGCCCUGUUUUGGAUAUACAAUAAUGGGGAAUGGAAACAGUUUGUCCAGCACCGAGUUAACGAGAUUCUCUCAUUAACUAGCAAAGAAGAUUGGGCUCAUGUUGCUGGCACAGACAACCCUGCAGAUUUGGGUUCCCGGGGAGUCUCCGCUACGCUCCUUAAGAAUUCCAGAUUAUGGUGGGAGGGCCCCACUUGGCUUUGUGAGGAUGAAAGUAAGUGGCCUAAGUUUUCACCAUCAGUAGACUCUGCGGAUAUUGAAGUAGAAAGAAGGAAGAAUGCUACAUCAUUGUUUACAACUAACACAGAUAGAGUUGGAGUGGGUAGUAUAGUAGAUGUAGAACGACAUGGAACUCUUGGUAAACUUUUAAGAGUGACCGGAUAUGUGUUGAGGUUUAUAAAUAACUUAAGGGGAAGGAGUAUGAAUAAAGUCCUAAACAUUGGAAAUUUGAGUACAGAGGAGAUAGAAGCUGCAGAGCAUGUAUGGAUUAAGGAUGUGCAGAAGGCCUUGAGAAAUAGGCAAGAUUUUCAAGCAUUGUCAGUGCAACUUGGCAUAGUUGAUCAAUCUGGUGUUUUAGUAUGCAAAGGUCGGUUAGAAAAUGCAGAUUUAGAUAUAGGUAGUAAGUAUCCUAUAAUCUUACCUAGGGAUCAUAGAUUUACUGAUCUUGUGAUUGAAGAUUGCCACAAAAGGGUAUUCAUAACAAACUUCGUUCAACCCUUGCAGAACUCAGAUCUAGGUUUUGGGUACCAAGAGGUAGACAGCAAGUUAAGAGAGUAUUAA